CGGGGAGGGGUACUCACUGACAGAAGGACGAAGGUUGUCUGAUGUGUUGUCGUUUUUCUAACUUGAUUUUGAAAUGAUUCAAAUAAUCUGUGAUUACUAAUUAUUUUUAGUACUAAUCGUAUGGAUUGUUUAAUCUAAAUAAUUAAUAUCUAUUAAACUAGCGCGUUUUGUCCUUAUAAAGUUAACACAAAAAUAUUUAACUAAUAUAUAUAAGAAAUCACGUUAAUUAUAUUUAAAAGUGCGAUUUUUGUAUAUAAUAUAUUAAAAAUGAUCAAGCACUUGGUAGUGGCCGUGUUGUGUUUUACGUUUGUAAACACUGAUGGGGCAUUGAAAUUCUACGAAGAGAAGAAUUUCCAUGAAGCAAAAGAAUUGACUGAUAAUGAUGUUAUAUCUAUAGCUAGAAUGUCAAAUAUGGAUGAUUUUAAAUCUAUAUUAAAUGAAAUUUUAGUGCCACGAGUUGUUGGUACUCCGAACCAUGAAAAAGUUGGCAACUACAUAGCAAACGAGAUGAAAACGUUGGGUUGGGAUGUCACAGAAAAUGUUUUCCCUGACCAGACACCUGUAUUUGGAACAUUGAACUUUAAAAAUAUCAUAGCAAAGUUGAAUCCUGAUGCAGAUAGAUUUUUAGUGCUCGCUUGCCAUUAUGAUAGUAAAUAUACAAGAGAACAUGUAUUUGUCGGUGCAACAGACUCGGCCGUGCCAUGCGCAAUGAUGAUAAAUCUGGCGAAAGUUAUGUCGUCACAGCUUAACAAGCUAAAGGAGUCCAAUCUGAGUCUCAUGUUCAUAUUUUUUGAUGGCGAGGAGGCCUUUAGGCAAUGGGGUCCAAAUGACUCGAUCUACGGUGCCAGGCAUUUGGCAAAGAAAUGGCAGAGCAAACCGUACAGAGAUGGUGCCAACCACCUGCAAAGAAUGGAUGUCCUUGUGCUGUUGGACUUGCUCGGCGCACCAGACCCAGUGUUCUACAGCUAUUUUAAAGCGACCGAGAAGUGGUAUGUGCGAUUGGCCAGCGCCGAGCAGAGAUUGGCCGAGCUCGAUCAGCUGCAAGCGUACUCGAAGGGCAAGGUGGAACAGACGUAUUUCAGGUUGAUGAGCUCAGGAGCCUUCAUAGAAGACGACCACAUACCGUUCUUGAGGAGAAAUGUUGACGUACUGCACCUGAUCCCGUCACCUUUCCCGAGCGUGUGGCACACCGCCCGCGACGACAUCACCGCCCUCGACUUCAAUACCAUAGACAAUCUGAACAAGAUCCUGCGUGUGUUUGUCUCUGAGUAUUUGCAUCUGCGCCCCUAGCGCCGAUGGCGGUUCCCGUGGCGGCUCGAUGCGGUACUUACUAUUUAAUAUUAUACACAACGGAAUAGGCGAGUAAAAAAUAUAUUCUAAAAGGAACUUAAAUUAAUUUAUGCCUUCAACGCAAAAAUAGGGAUGUUACUGAGCCCUUUAUUCAUAAAAACUAUAACGUCUUAUAAAUCUAUUUUAACUAUUAAAGUGUUUUUUGUUUUUUUUUUUAUGGAUGAUAAUGCAACCCCGUCUGUGUUAACGGUAUACGCCGGCGAGAAACCAGUGAAGGAUGAUAGGUGAAGAUGAAGAGGCAGAUCGAUUAGCUCAUCGUCAUGAGUCCGCUUGGAAUUCAGCACGAUGAUUGAUGACUGCAGGGGGGACCACGUAGAGGUCGACCUGACAGGGUAUAUUGCUAGCAAUGGGACUGGUAGUCCACAUUACUAACAAUACCUCCCCCCCACCUCCUAACUAUGUUAUUAUGUCCAUGGUACUGCUCAUGUCUAUAGGCGACGGUUACAACUUUCCAUCAGGUUGGCCGUCAGCUUGUUUGCCAUUCUAAGUUGUAUAAAAUAAAAAAAUUAAAGUGUUUUGUCAAUAUCUUUCAAGUUAAAAAAUAAGCGCAAAAGAGACAAAACGUUUUAAUAGGUAAGUAGGUUUAUAAGAGAUUUGGCGUUUUUAUGAAUAAGAGGGUAAGUCUCUAAGGGUUAUUAUGAAUGUAUUUAAUAAAUAAUUACCCUUACGAGUCCAAAGCUUUUGUCAUAUUUGUAUGUAGGUGUGUGUAGUCUGUGAUGUUGCAGCUUCGAUACUAGGUGCACCUAUUUCAUUAGUUUUUUUUUUUAUUUGAAGAUUGACUAUUAUUUGAUUAUUAUCUGUUGGAAUUUAUAAAAAUAAUAUUUGUUUUAAAUAUUUUUAUAAAAAAUUGUAUACAUAUCGUAAUAGAUGUAUCGCGUUGAUUUAGAUAAGAAACUGUACUGUAUAUAUAUCUUUGAGAUUUUUAUUUGUAAAUAUUAUAUAUGCCGAGGGCUUGCUGCUUAUAUGUAGUUUUAAUAUUUUCACUUCAUAGACACAUGUGCAAUCUUUUGAUUUUUUUUUUAAUUUCGUAUGAUUUUGCGAAUACUGGCCUGUUCGAAAUUACUAACGUUUUUAUUAUUAUGUUUUUAUUUUUAAUUGUAUACUACUUAUGUGUAUAUAUUGAAAUUGUACUUAAAUAUUAUAAGAACGUAUCGAGCAAAGUACAUAGUAAUUUAUAAAUAGUAAAAUUUAUUUUUUUAUCUAAUUAAUUCACGGUUCGCUCUCAACUGUUAUAAUCUGUUCUUUUGUUUUUUUUUUAAUUGUCACACGUAAUUUAUACUCUGUGUGACUUUUUAUCUGAUUUUGUCAUUUAAAAAACAACGAAGGACGAAAAAGUAUUAAUAUGCAAUACUAAGAGUAAAUAUAGAAUAUAAAACAUUUUUAUGUAUAGUUAUAACUUUUUUUUUAUUGCAUAUUAUAUACACAGAUAUAAAUUUUGUUAAAUAUGGCAACACUAGAUUUCUGCAUGAGUCGAAAUAGACAUGAGAUGGUAAAGAAAAAUAAAACAGGCUAGGCCUAAGACAUUAUGUUUACUGGUGCUCACGUCGUCCAUCGUAUUUAAUUACUAAUCUUAAGACGUUGUACAAUAUAUUUUUAUAGUAUUAUAUAUAAGUUUAUUUUCUGCAAAUUUUAUUGCAGCCGGAAAAGAUUUUUGCUGUUUAUAUUAUAUAUAUAAAUAUUUAUCUUUUAAUAUAUUUGAACAUGCUGCUUUGUGGUCUGAUGAGUUUGAGUUCCAAUUUGAUACCUAGAAAAGUAUACCUAUAGUAAGUAUAUAUGAAAUAGUUACAAACAUCAAAUGUGUGAGUUAUUUUAUAGACUUAAGAACAAAUCUUUGCUAUAGACAUACACAGAGAGUAUCACAAUACCAUAAGCUUUAGUAGUUUGUAAUGUCUAUGGUCGUUCUAUUUUAGGCGACGGUUAUUUUUUUUAUUAGAUGGUUAGUUUAUCAUUACAAAUGCGAUGAUAGUUAAUCUAAUCGGAAUUAGUUGAGGACCUCAGUGUUACUUUUAUGAUAAUUUGUUACCAUAAAUACUUUUCUUAAUCUACGAUAAUUUAAAUGUAUUUCAGAACGUAUUUAAAUGUACAACUUGAAAAAAAUUUAAUUUAUAAAUUUUUCAUUCAUGAAACACAGUAAUAUUAUAUAGCAGAUUCCAAAUUAUAGGGGCGUACACGCAAUAUCUAGAGAUAAAACCAUUUUUUUUAAAUGGGCUAAAUUGAAAAUAAAUACUAUCUUUAUUAGGUAGAAUGCAUAAUUUAUAAGACAAACAUUGUAUAAACUAUUGUACAGAGGAAUAACACCUGAGUCCUCACGAAUGGCAACGCAUGGGGGGUAUCAUGGGCGAAACAGUAUACUCUGUUAUGUCCACGGUACUGCUCAUGUCUAUAGGCGACGGUUACCACUUUCCAUCAGGUGGGCCGUCAGCUUGUUUGCCAUUCUAAGUUGUAUAAAAAAAACUAAUAUUAUUAUUAACUUUUUUUAAAAUCUCAUAUUUGCAUGUGUGACUCUAUGAUUUGAAGUCAGCGAUAUAUUUUAUUCAAUUAUAAAACAAUGGACGCUUUUCAAAAGUUGGCCAUGCGUUCGCGCAUAUAUACUUUUUAUGAUAAUAAAAUAUUUCAACUAUAACUCAAGCGCUAGUGGCGCCAACUAGUAACAUUUUUGGGAAGCGUCCAUUCUAUCACCCGACUGCCGUAAAAAGAAGCACAUUUUAAAUGCGUAAAAUACACUCAUUUACGUUCCUAAAGACGGUUGUGCGAACAGACAUAAGGUAAUCAUAUUAUUUUCAGACAAUUUAUAGUUAAAAUGUAGUUCAUGUAAAUAUUUAAAAUGAUAAGGUUUAUAAACAUAUUUGAAAAAAAAAAGAACAAUAAUUAUGCAACAAUAGAAAAUAAAUGAUAAAGUUACAUAUAUAGGACGAUUACAAUUUUAUAUUACAUUUAAAAAUUAAGAUCUGUAUCUAUAUAAAUGACUUUGUUUUUACCGCGAGAGACCGUUUUUGCCAAGGAAUGUGUUUUAAAAUAUGACACUACACAAACAAAUACAUUCCAAGAAGCAUGCAGUUACUUUAUUUUAUUAAAAAAUAAGGUAUUAAAAUUAUGUUGACAAACAUGUAAUUGUGCGAAUUACGGUAUAUGAGUUUAUCAAAAUUCUCAGAUUCCAUUCUUUAUAUUUUUUUUUUUUAUGAUUGCAUUUUAGAUUACAGUAUUUAACUCCAUUAUUAAAGCUUGACAAAUACUGACAAGACGUGUAUUUUUUUAUUCUAAAUAGAGUAUUACAUCGAUAACGUAAAAUAGAACAUUCCAGUGUAGUAAGAUUCUCAUGUAUAUAAUUAUUAUUAUACGCUCACGCUAUUACCACCUAGGAAUAGGCAGACAGCUCAGACCGCUACUUGCCCUCUCUUAGUUUCCUUCACAUACAUACCUCUCUUUAUACAGGCUCGUCGAUUUCGGGCACUCUUAAAUUGACUUCAAUAUAAUGUAACAUUUAAUAUUUUUUUACAUAAGGUAACACUUGAUUACAUCAGCCUGUUAGUGAUUAAUAAAGAAAAAAAAAAGAGUUUACAGUUCAAUCUGUUUUAUUAUAUUUUUUCAAAAAAUGUACACGUACAUUCUCGUACUCAUGACAUAUUACAUGUAAAAAAAUAUAAAGACAGCCUUGUUGAAUUUUUAAUAAAUAAACGAUAUUAUUAUAAGUUAUUGUAAAAUGUGUAAAGAAAAAUAAAUCUGUAAUAUAUAGCAGA